CCUGGUGGAACGCGGCCGCGCUGCGCGACGCCCUGGCAGCAGCAGAAGCGUUGGCGAGUCUCCUGCAGCUUCUCCUUAUACCCGCCCUCCGACGGAGCGACUCGGCGUAUGCGCCUGCGUGCGCUAGCCCUCGCACUCGUCCCGCGCUCUGCAUCGGUUUCCUUGGCAGCACGGCGCGUCGCUGCACGGCCACGACCCGUAGACCCUCCAAGGGUAAAACCAGUAACAAUACAAAUCGGAAAAACGAUGCCCAAGGACAUCGAGGACACGAUUGUAAAACCCGACGGCGCCGCCGCGAGACAAGACUUGUUAAAAUGGUGGGACGCCGGCCAUCGAGCCAUGCCCUGGCGCCGCGAGACGCCGGCCGACGACAAGAAGGCCUGGGCCUACGGCGUCUGGGUCUCGGAGGUCAUGCUCCAGCAGACGCAGGUGUCGAGGGUCGACCCGUACUGGCGCCGGUGGAUGGAACGGUGGCCCUCCGUCGAGAGCUUGGCCCGAGCGGAUGAAUCGGACGUGAAGGCGCUGUGGAGCGGUCUGGGGUACUAUAGAAGGUGCGCCUUUUUGCUCGAGGGUGCGAAGCAGUUAGCAUCAGCAAAUGAGUGGCCGACCUCAAAGGACCAGUGGCUCAAGGUCAAGGGCGUCGGGCCGUAUACGGCCGCGGCGAUCUCGUCGAUCGUGUAUGGAGAGCGGACGCCCGUCGUCGACGGGAACGUCGUGCGCGUGUUCUCUCGAUUAGCUAUGUGUGGAGAGAAGCCGACCGCGAAAGUCUGGUGGUCGUUGGCUGGUUCUUUGACUGACGGUUGUGACCGCCCCGGCGCCGUGAACCAGGCGCUCAUGGAGCUCGGGGCGACGGCCUGCUCGAAGCAGAAGCCGUCCUGUGGUGGUUGUCCUUUGAGGGGUCACUGCGCGGCCUUCAAAGGGCAAGUGGUAGACAAGUACCCCGUCGUCGUCAAGAAGGCGCCGCCCGUCAAGGUCGCCGUCUGUUUGGUCGUGCUGCGCCAUAACGACAGAGUGGCGCUCGUGGCGCCUCAGUCCGAUCGUUCUAAGUCGCCGUUCCGCCUCGAGGGUCUGUGGGAGCUGCCCGGGACGCGCAUCGAGGGCGAGCCCGACGAGAAUGCUAUUGUUCAAGGGUUGGACGAUGCCCUGCGGGCCCUGGGGCCCACCACCAAAGGCCUCCGCGCGAAGAAGCCGCUCUCGCACUCGAUCACUUCCACCAGAUACGCCGUCCACGUCCAGCGCUGCGACGUCGACGACCCGGCCCUCUACAGCAACGUCGAGUGGGUCGCCGCGGACGACCUCGGGACGAAGGGCUGCUCGAGCGUCGUGAAGAAGGCCGUCGACGCGGCCGCCAAGAUCGACGCGAAGCGCAAGCUGCCCAAGGGCCAGCAGACGCUGAGCUUCAAGCCGGCGAAGAAGGCGACGACGCGCGUGUCCCCUCCGCCCGAGCCCGUCACGGUGACGCCUCCCUCGCCGCCGCAGCUCGCGACGCCGUCGGCGUUCGGGGCGUACGCGUUCGCGGAAUAAAUUAUAUAUGUGCU